GUUUCCUGAAAUUUCAGAGGAGCCAGAAAGAGAACUGUAACCAGCAGUAAGCAGUGCUUCGGCGCUGGCACCUCUUUGCAUCAGCUACAAGCCCUGUCCUGCCUCCUCCCCUUCUCCCAACAGCAGCUGGGAGCAUUACAGCCCCGCUGUCCAGCUCCAGCAGGGAAGAUGGAUGAGGAUCUAUACUCAAGGCAGCUGUAUGUACUGGGCCUGCCUGCCAUGCAGAGGAUCCAGGGAGCCAAAGUCUUGCUAUGUGGCCUGCAGGGUCUGGGAGCUGAGGUGGCCAAGAACCUGGUCCUUAUGGGUGUGGGCAGCCUCACCUUGUAUGAUCCACAUCCCGCCUGCUGGGCUGACCUGGCUGCUCAGUUUUUCCUCUCAGAAGAGAGCUUGGGACAGAGCAGGGCUGAGGCCUCUCAAGCACGGUUGGCUCAACUCAAUGAAGAUGUCCAGAUCUCGGUGCACACAGGUGACAUCACUGAGGACGUACUGCUGGGUUUCCAGGUAGUGGUGCUGACUGACUCCAAGCUAGAGGAGCAGCUGAAGGUGGGACCCUUGUGCCACAAACAUGGCGUCUACUUCCUGAUGGCUGAAACCCGGGGCCUUGUGGGGCGGUUGUUCUGUGACUUUGGUGAGGACUUCACUGUUGAGGACCCUACAGAGGCAGAACCCAUGACAGCUGCCAUUCAGGCCAUCUCCCAGGGAUCCCCGGGCAUCGUCACUCUCAGUGGAGACACCAAGAGACAGUCCUUCUGUGAUGGGGACUGGGUGAUUUUCUCAGGCAUUGAAGGCAUGGUUGAACUCAACAGUCAUUCUCCACAGCCUGUCCAUGUCCAGAAAGACGGGUCCUUGGAGAUUGAAGACACAACAACUUUCUCCCGUUAUGUGAGAGGUGGGGUUGUCACCGAAGUCAAGAGACCCAAGUCCGUGAGGCAUAAACCCCUGGACAUAGCUCUGCUUCAGCCCCAUGUGGUGGCCCAGAAUACUAAGGAAGUACAACACGCUCUCCGCCUGCAUCAGGCCUUCCAUGCACUGCACAGGUUCCAGCAACUUUAUGGCCGGCUACCCAAGCCCUGGGAUCCUGUUGAUGCAGAGACCGUGGUGGGCCUGGCCCAGGACCUGGAGCCACUAGAAGGGACAAAAGAAGAGUCGCUGAAUGAGGCUCUACUACGGACAGUUGCCCUGAGUAGUGCUGGAAGCAUAAGCCCCAUGGCAGCCAUUCUGGGAGGAGUGGCUGCCCAGGAAGUUCUAAAGGCAAUCUCCAGGAAGUUCAUGCCCCUGGAGCAGUGGCUGUACUUUGACGCCCUUGAAUGUCUUCCGGAAGAUGAGAAGCUCCUUCCUAAUGCUGCAGACUGUCAUCCGAGAAACUGCAGAUACGAUGGGCAGAUUGCUGUGUUUGGGACUGGUUUUCAGGAGAAACUGAGCUACCAAAACUACCUCUUGGCGGGUGCUGGUGCUAUUGGCUGUGAGAUGCUCAAAGGCUUUGCCCUAGUGGGCCUGGGAGUCAGGGCCAAUGGAGGUGUGGCUGUUGCUGACAUGGACCACAUAGAACGCUCCAACCUCAGCAGGCAGUUUCUCUUCAGGUCCCAGGACAUUGGGAGGCCCAAGGCAGAGGUGGCCGCCGCAGCAGCCCAGCUCCUGAACCCAGACCUACAAGGUCGAGUGACCUCAUAUAUUUACCCACUGGAUCCCACCACUGAGUACAUCUAUGAUGACAGCUUCUUCUCUGGGGUGGAUGGUGUUGUUGCUGCUUUGGACAGCUUCCAGGCCCGGCACUACGUUGCGGCUCGAUGCACCCACUAUCUGAAGCCACUGCUGGAGGCGGGCACCCAGGGAACCCGGGGGAGUGCUUCAGUGUUUGUGCCAUAUGUGACGGAAGUCUACAAGGGUCCUGCCACAGCUGUUGCUUCAGAGGAUGCUUCCUACCCUGUGUGUACCCUGCGGCACUUCCCCAGCACAGUCGAGCACAGUGUGCAGUGGGCCCAGGACGAGUUCGAGGGACUCUUCAGACUGUCCGCAGAGACCAUCAACUGCUACCAACGGACGCGCACUUCCCAGCUGGGCGAGGAUGGGACCUUACUGCAGCAGGUGGUGGGUGUUCUAAGAAUGCGCCCACAGACCUGGCAAGACUGUGUGGUGUGGGCUCUCGGCCACUGGCAACUGUGCUUCCAUGACAGCAUCGUAGAGCUGCUGAGACACUUCCCAUCUGCUAAAGUGCUUAAGGAUGGAACUCUGUUCUGGUCAGGAUCCAAAAGGUGUCCACAUCCCUUGCAAUUCGACCCCAAUCAAGACAUGCAUUUCCUCUAUGUGCUGGCAGCUGCCAACCUGUAUGCAGGGAUGCAUGGGCUGCCUGGCUCACGAGAUCCGAGCGCACUCAGGGAGCUGCUAAAGCGGCUGCCGGAGCCCGAUCGCAUGCACCGGAACCUUUUCUCUGCUGGCCAGGAGCAGCUGAAGGAACUGCCAGGAAUCCUGGGAGGCUGGAGCAAAGGCCCUCCCCUGAAGCCUGUGCUGUUUGGGAAGGGUGAUGACAGCAACUUCCACGUGGACUUUGUGGUAGCAGCGACUGACCUGCGAUGUCAGAACUAUGAGAUCCUACCAGUGAACUGUGCUCGGAUCAAGCAAAUCAUGGGCCGGGUUAUCCCAGCUGUUGUUACCAGCACGGCAGUCGUGGCAGGCUUAUUGGGCCUGGAGCUGUAUAAGGUGGUAAGUGGGCCACGGCCCCUUGGUACCUUUCGUCACAGCUAUCUGCACCUGGCUGAGAAUUACUUCCUACGUUCAGUGCCCUCCCGCCCAGCCAUCCAGUCGUUCCAUCACCUGAAAUGGACCUGUUGGCACCGCCUGAAGGUGCCUGCCGGGCAGCCCGAGAGGACACUGGAGUCACUGCUGGCCCAUAUCCAGGAGGAACACGGGCUGAAGGUAAAGAGGCUGCUGCAUGGCCAGGCUCGGCUCUAUUCUUCACAAUGGCCCCCUGAAAAGCAGACUGAGCGCCUGCGCCUCAGGGUGACGGAACUGGUUCAGCAGGUGACCCGCAGGAAGCUCGAGCCUGGGCUGCGGGUUCUGGUGUUGGAGCUCAGCUGCGAGGGUGAGGAUGAUGAGACUGCCUUCCCGCCUCUGCAUUAUGAGCUAUGACCUGUGACGGGGUAGCCACCAUGCCACCACGAACUCUGAAUAAAAUCCCUGCAUCUUGAGCCCACAGCAGACACUUCAACAAUAAAAACUUGUUGAAGGCAA